AUGGAUUCUUCAAACUACAAACUUAGUAUGCAAACCAUACAGUACAACAAUGAUGCUGUGACCAAGCUGAAGGAAGGUAAAGCUAUUGAAGCCUUCCAUUUGCUGUCCAAGGCUUGCCGAGCCGCACAUGAUGCAGCUCACAACGACGACGAUUCCAAUUGCAAUCGUAUGUAUCAGUAUACGUGGCUUGAUUGCUCGAAAGCUCUGGCACACAAAAUGAAGGGAACGAGAAGCUUUAACGAUGGCAGUUUGCCAUUUCUCUUUCUCCAAUUCCUUUGGAUCGAACCUCCAAUGGAAUACUGUUCCCCCAUGGAGGAGGACAUGGAGGAGGAAGAAAUGUCAGUCCAUGUCCGAGGUUUCAUUUGGGUGCUGUGGUACAAUCUUGCCAUUGUAUCCAUCCUACUGGGCAACCCAGUUGAAGCACGCGGGCAUCGCUUGCUGAAGCAAUCCCUGGACCUGUUUCGCUUGGUUCAAAGCGUUGUGGAUCCCCAACCAUUGUCAAAGCAUUGGGUGAUCCUCAAGCUGUCCAUUUUGAACAAUGAGGCCUGUGUACUCAGUGAGCUUUCUGAAUCUCGACAACGCUUGGAUCGACUGAUCAAGAUGGGACUGGCACUAAGCAGUCUCUCAGACAUGCUAGACCCCGAAGAUCGAGAGCAAUUUAUAUGGACGGUCAAGUCGAUGGCGGACGACCGCUUCGCUGCUGCCGCGUAG